AUGGGCAUGCAUUACCGCACGGGAUCGCUAGGAACCGCUGUCAGUGUGAACGAGCGGCCACGGCGAGAUACAACUACUACCGCCAGCAGCGACAUGUCGUCAGACAAUGAAAUGGGCUCCCUGGCCUCACGGAAGCAGAUUCAGUUUUCUGGUCAGGAUCAGGUUAUAGAGUUGGCUAGUCACAGGCGCAGGGGAGCGGGAAAUAGGGAUCUUGGAGGACUAGAUGAGCAUCCAGAGGAUUCAGGAGCUGAGUCCGAGGACUCGGCACUUUCGUCGGACUUCGAUGCCACGGCUGGUUCUGCAUCACUCCUGGUAGGCGUCGGUAUCACUGGCAGCUUGAAUUCAUCGUCACCUAUGAUGAUGCACAAGUUGCCGAAUGGAACAGGAUCUCAAACGGCAUCUCCUAGGAAGGCCAAAACACCGGCCCCCGAAUUGCAAGAUUUGCCUCCGCCGCGGCCUAUUAGCACAGUACAACCUGUUAGUCUGCUGUCGAAGGCACUCAACGCGCGCAAACGCGCCCCGACCAAUCCAGUCGAGAAAUUUGCGGUGCUCUCGGGUAAAGGUCUUAACGAUGCAUUGAAUAUCAAGUUAUACCUACCGUUUUCUUCUGACCCAGACGAGCCGAUCGACCUUCCUAUUGCCCGGGAAUCUAAACUCGCGGAGCAACCAGCCCCCGUCACUGUUGUUGAGGCGAUCGGUUUAGCGCUCUGGCGAUACUCGGAAGAAGGUCGCCAACCCGCCAUUGAACGUAACAAAUUGACGGUUAACCGGUGGGCGCUUCGAAUGGUGGAGGACGGUGAAGUGGAAUACGACUUUCCCGCUUUAGGACGAGCGUCACAUAUUACGGAUUUUACGUCGAAUAACAAUCGAGCAGCUGGGGCACGCGGUCGAGGCAGAGGGAAACAGUAUGAUGAAUUUGCCCUGGUGGAAGCCUCCGAUAGUGAGUUUGAAGAGAAUGAGCGCCAGUUCCCAAUGGAGAGCCAAGCAGUUGCUCCUGAAGACACCAAUGAUGCAGCUUCCGCUCUCAAUGUUCCCUCCCCCCAACCAGCUUCUCAAAACAAAGCGCCCCGGCUCAAUCCGAUCUUAGGGCAACCGUUUUCGUCGGCCCUGAAUGACAAUACGCUCACACCGGCCGAUCGGCCUGCGGUGCCAACGUCGCAUGCCACGCCGCGCCUGGGGGUCUCAAAGACCCUGAAGAUCCGGUUUGUCAAUAUCGAGGGCUCUACGCAGGCCACUACUCUCAACACGUCCACCGACAGCUACAUCGCGGAGAUCUUGGAUUCGGUCUGUAAACGCUGGGGCUUGGAUAAGGGAAAUUACCUCCUGAAGGUGAUGGGAUCCAAUACGAUUGCACCCUUAGACCGCACCGUCGAAGCCCUGGGAAACCUUACCGAGCUGGAUCUCGUGCGUCGGCGCUUCGGGCCGCAGUCUUUGACUGGCUCUCCGGGCAGCUCUUCGCCCAAUGCACCGCUUCAAAUUGACAGCGGCACCGUGCCGUCGAGCAAGAAAGGGAAGAAGGGUGGACCGCGUAUGUUACAUCCGCUGGCGCAGCAGCAGGACCUCAUUGGGGGCUACUACCGUCGGUACCACGUGUUCCGCAAGCAAUCCAUGUCUUUCACCGCCUCGAACCACAAGAUCCUCACGUUUGACAAUGACUACAUGCAUAUUAUGCCGGGGGAUACUGCGAAGACGGGAUCGGACACCAAGACCCGGUCGAUUAGUUUCAACGACGUUGUUGGAUGCAAGGUGAGCCGUCGCCAUCCCAAGAACUUCCGGGUGGUCGUGCUUCGCGGCAACGAUGCGAACGAGCAGAAGCGAUAUGACUUUGAGGCGCGGAACGCACUGGAAGCCGUGGAGAUUGUGGAUGAGAUUAAGAAGAACAUGGCGCAUUAUCGGAUUUAG